GCGGGAAACAGCUGGCCGCGAAAUUACACGUGAAUAGGUGCAGAGCGAAAAACAAACUCCGAGUGAAUCUCCACAGACCGAUUGCACAGCAAAUUUUUUUGUUAUAUCCGAAAAAAGAUGGCUGAUCGUACGUCUGAGCCGUUUUCAGAGCCCACCAGUCCAGCAGCAGAUCGAUCAGGCCUACUGUCAUCAAGUCCUGGUAGAAGUGACCUUCCUCCAUUUGAAGAUGAGUCUGAGCUACAACCUGGAGGAGCACCAGAUGUGGAAGAGGAAGAGGAUGGCGAGGAACUCUUUGGAGCAAAUUUUGAAAGAGAUUACCGUGCCAUUCCAGAGUUGGAUCGAUUUGACCCAGACAAUAUUGAUGAAGAAGACUAUGACAGUAUGGCACCAGAGGAUAGGGCAGCGGCUGAAAGAGCGAUGCGAAAGAGAGAUCGAGAUGAGGCCCUUGCUCAAGGGCGUAUGAGGCCUGGCCUCCUCUACGAGGAGAGUGAUGAAGAAGAUGAGAGACCAACAAGAAGGAGAAGAAUGGCAGAGAGAGCUGCUGAGGGCAUUGAGGAUGAUGAAGAGAUGAUUGAGAGUAUAGAGAAUUUAGAAGACAUGAAGGGUCACUCUGUCAGAGAGUGGGUCUCGUUGGCUGCUCCUCGUCUCGAGAUCUACAAUCGUUUUAAGAAUUUCCUCUGUACAUUCGUUGAUGACAAGGGUCAUAACCUUUACCGUGAGAAGAUCAGACAAAUGUGUGAAGGUAAUAAGGAGAGUUUGGUUGUUGAUUACAACAUCCUGGCCUCACAGGAGCAGGUCUUGGCCUACUUCUUGCCUGAGGCACCAACUGAAAUGCUCAAGAUCUUUGAUGAAGCCGCCAAGGAAGUUGUCCUGGCAAUGUUUCCUAAGUAUGAGCAAAUUGCCAAGGAGAUUCAUGUGCGCAUUGCAGAGCUGCCACUUGUUGAAGAGCUCAGAUCGCUCAGGCAACUUCAUCUGAACCAACUAAUCCGAACAAGUGGGGUUGUAACAAGUGCAACAGGCAUCAUGCCCCAGCUGAGUAUGAUCAAGUAUGACUGUCCUAAAUGUGGCUUUGUCCUAGGACCUUUUUACCAGAGCCAGAACCAAGAGGUCAGACCAGGAUCUUGUCCCGAGUGUCAGUCAGCAGGUCCUUUUGAAAUCAAUAUGGAACAGACCCUGUAUCAGAACUAUCAGCGUAUCACCAUUCAGGAGAGUCCAGGAAAGGUUGCCGCUGGAAGACUUCCAAGAUCUAAAGAUGCCAUCCUUUUAGCUGAUCUGGUGGAUAGCUGCAAACCAGGAGAUGAAAUUGAGCUGACUGGAGUAUACAACAACAAUUAUGAUGGCUCUUUGAACACAGCUAAUGGGUUUCCUGUGUUUGCCACACUCAUCCAAGCAAACUACAUCACAAAGAAAGAUGAUAAGAUGGUGGCUGGUGCACUCACUGAUGAUGAUGUAAAGGCUGUAGUAGCACUCUCCAGAGAUGAACGCAUUGGAGAAAGGAUAUUCGCUAGUAUUGCGCCCUCUAUCUACGGACAUGAUGAUAUCAAGAGAGCGAUAGCAUUGUCUUUAUUUGGUGGAGAACCCAAGAAUCCAGGUCAGAAGCAUAAAGUACGUGGUGACAUCAACAUCCUAGCCUGUGGUGACCCUGGUACAGCUAAAUCUCAGUUCCUGAAGUAUGUAGAGAAAACUGCACCGAGGGCAGUGUUCACAACCGGUCAAGGUGCUUCUGCUGUUGGUCUGACAGCCUAUGUUCAGCGUAAUCCCGUAUCCAGAGAGUGGACGUUGGAAGCUGGAGCUCUUGUUCUAGCUGACAAGGGAGUGUGUAUCAUUGACGAAUUUGAUAAGAUGAAUGAUGCAGAUAGAACCAGUAUCCAUGAAGCUAUGGAACAACAGAGUAUCUCAAUCUCCAAGGCGGGCAUCGUCACUUCACUUCAGGCUAGAUGCAGUAUCAUGGCUGCUGCUAACCCCAUUGGAGGAAGAUACAAUCCCUCACUUACCUUCUCAGAAAAUGUUGACCUGACAGAACCCAUCCUAUCUCGUUUUGACAUUCUGUGUGUUGUUCGAGACACUGUUGACCCUGUACAAGAUGAGUUGCUUGCUAGAUUUGUUGUUGACAGUCAUAUCAGGCAUCAUCCUUCAAAUGCAGACACCGAUGAAGACAAGUUACCUGAUUUACCUUCCACUACUGGCCUAGAGAAGAUCCCCCAGGAGUUAUUGAAGAAGUAUUUGAUCUAUGCCAAGGACAAGGUUCAUCCUAAGCUUCAUCAUAUGGACCAGGACAAGGUUGCUAAGAUGUACUCUGAUCUCCGCAGAGAAUCAAUGGCAACUGGAAGCAUUCCAAUCACAGUUCGUCACAUUGAGUCUGUGAUCCGUAUGGCAGAGGCUAACGCAAGAAUGCAUCUGAGGGAGUACGUCAAUGAAGAUGAUGUGAACAUGGCCAUUCGGGUCAUGCUGGAAAGCUUUAUAGAUACACAGAAAUACAGUAUCAUGAGGAGUAUGCGCAAGAAUUUCUCCCGUUACCUGACGUUCCGACGAGACAACAAUGAGUUGUUGCUGUUUGUACUGAAACAGCUGGUACAGGAACAGAUGUCAUUCCACAGGACACGUUAUGGUACAGAGCAAGACAUUGUUGAGAUCUCAGAAAAAGAUCUUGCUGAUAAGGCUCGUCAGAUCAACAUUCUCAACCUGUCUGCUUUCUACGACAGCGAGGUCUUUAAACUUCAUAAAUUCACUCAUGACACCAGAAGGAAAGUAAUAGUUCAGUCAUUCUGAGCAGUGACGAGUUACCACUCUGUAUUCCAUCAUCAAUGAUAGUGUAACUGGAAUAUGUAGAUUUUUGAUGAGAAAACGGAGCAAGACCACUAUCUCAUUCAGAAUCCAAUUAUGACCUUUUUCUUCAACUAAAUGAUGGUUACAUAUUGCUAACAUAGUUCUUGAACUUAAUUUGGAAGCUGUACAUGGUUCGUGAUAGUGCCCCAAGUGUCUACCUUCUUAGAAAUCCUUGGAUGUCAUGGAAUGUAUGCUACCCCCCCCCAUCAUCAUCUGAUACAAAGAUACUAUAUAAGACAAUGACUGUAUCAUAUUCCACAGGCUUAUUGAAACAACUUUGACCUUGUCCAGUUGAUGGUUGAACUUGCACACAUAUUCAUUCUCACUUUGCAUAGAAGAGUUGUCAUAACAUCAUGAGAACAUUUGAGACUACAUACUCUAACCAUAGGUAUCUUUUUCGCAAUAAAGACUUAUCGUCGUAAUUGGCCAUAUGAUAUGUAACAUAACAAAUCGGUAAAGGGACAGGGCUAGUUAUUUUAUUAGGUAAAUGGAAUAAUUUGUCAGGAUGUGCUUUGUAAUUAUUACACAUGGCAGAAUAAUCAGUACCUUGAAGUCUUAAAAAGUUAAGCGUUGCUGUUAGGAGUAUUGUGGACAGAAGCCCAUUGAUAUCUCAAGUUAUUUAAGAUGAGGUCCAUGCUUUCAAACUGUGUUUUGGAGAGGUUGGUGUGUUUGUGAGAGCAGAGAAAUCAAACAAAAUAAAUACAAAUAUAAUACAGUGAAAUUAUGGUUUACAAAACAAAGUACAUGUAACUAUUGGAUGCCUUAUAGUGCCUUAGUUUAGCAGAAAUAUGAUUAAGAAUGGGGAGCAUAUUUAAGAACUGGGAUGGGGGAGGCAUUUCAUUGACAAAUGAGAAUGUCUUCUCUGUGAUGACUAUUCUCAUUUAACUGUCCACAGAAUUGUUACCUUGAUUUAUUAGGAACAUUGCUGUAACAUAGAUCUUGUUAAAUUUCUUGCUCACAAUUCAUUCUAUUUUUGUAUUUUUUCCUUGUUGGUCUUCAGAGGAAUUUGCCUAGACUUUAAGGCCCCCUCCCAAAAGGAGUCUUAAUCGUAUUUGUACUAAUAGUUAUCAAAUUUUGAAGAAAAAAAUUACACUACAAAACUUUCAAGGUCUUAAGCUUUUUUACUGAAUAGAGAUACAAACUUCAAUUUAAAUAACUCUUUAAUUUUGAAGGUAUUUAUAAGCAAUAUGUGUUUGCUUACUGUAAGUAUGUAUAAAGAUUGUAAUUUACUCGUCAAUUUUUUUGGUGUGUAUAUACAUAUAUUUAUCUGUAUCAAAGAUUAGGAGUCCAGCCUUAUGUAUUUGCUAGCUAUAAGCAGUAGAUUGUAUGAAUCUGCUUUAAAUUCAUGUCAUUUACAUCUACAAAUAAAAUCUGUACGAGUAUGUGUAUGUAUAUAUAUUUCAUAAAGAAGUA